CAACCUCCCAAACCACCAAGGCAGGACAAAAUGAAGUUCCUCAAGGUCGGCCGAGUCGCCAUCAUCACCCGAGGCCGAUAUGCCGGCAAGAAGGUCGUCAUCAUCCAGCCCGUCGACAGCGGCAACAAGCCUCACCCCUUCGGCCACGCCAUCGUCGCCGGCAUCGAGCGCUACCCCUCAAAGAUCACCCGCCGCAUGUCCAAGACCCGCCAGGAGAAGCGCAGCAAGGUCAAGCCCUUCAUCAAGGUCAUCAACUACAACCACCUGAUGCCCACGCGAUACACCCUCGAGCUCGAGGGCAUCAAGGGCACCAUCUCCGCAGACACCUUCAAGGAGGUCAGCCAGCGGGAGGACGCCAAGAAGACGGUCAAGAAGGUGCUCGAGGAGCGAUACACCAGCGGCAAGAACCGAUGGUUCUUUACCCCUCUGAGAUUCUAAAUUAAAAAUCGUUUUCUCCAUCACGGUCUGGGAGUUGGCGGGAUGUAAAGAGCAUCGAUUGGUACUUUUAAGGAACCACGGUUUAUGGGCUCAAAUAUGAAGUUCAUUAUCAAUUUUGCAAACCAAAAACAUACAACUUUUCU